AUGGUGGAUUUCGGCCUUGCCAAGAAGUACAGAGGCCAGACCACACAGCAACACAUACCGUACCGCGAAGGCAAAGGUUUGACGGGCACGGCCGCCUACGCGUCUAUCAACGCACAUCGAGGUAUUGAGCAGAGUCGUUGUGACGAUCUUGAGGCAGUGGGGUGCGUGCUGAUGUACUUGAAUCGCGGGCAGCUUCCAUGGCAAGGAUGUCGAGCUGCAACGCCUGCUGACAGGUUCAGAAAGAUCAUGGAGUGCAAAAUGUCCACGUCCAUCGAGACGCUCUGCAAGGGAUAUCCGGCAGUCUUUGCCGCGUACCUCGUCUAUUGCCGCUCCCUGCGCUUCGAGGGCAGGCCAGACCACCCGUGCUUGCGACGACUCUGA